AACGGGAUGAGAUAUCGGAAACCUCUAAAUCCCAAAUCUCGGAAUUAGAAAAUCGGCUCACCUCUAGUAUCCACGGGUUGGAAAAAGAACGGGACGAAAUAUCUGAGACCGCUAAAUUUCAGCUUUCCGAAAUUAAACAAAAAAUGGAAGCAAAGAUACGGGAAUUGGAACGAGAACGUGACGAGAUUGAUGAAAAGGCAAAAAUUGAGAUUGCUAAAUUAAACGAGCAGUUGGACAGUAAAGUGCAACAAAAUGAACGAGAUCGCGAAGAAUCACUUGCGCUUUACAAUAAUCAAAUAUCUGAACUAGAGUCAAAAGCGCAACAAUUGGAACUAGAAAAGGACAAAUUGCUGGAAAACACAAAAAAUCAAUUAGCUGAAAUUGAACAAUCGAAAGUACUUGUACGUAAAUUAGAACAAAACAAUGAAGAAAUAACAACCAAGUAUAAAGUUUUAAAUAAAGAAUUAGAAGAAGGAUUGAUCAAAUUGAAUGUGGAAAAAAACGAAUAUCUCGCCUCUAAUUUCAAAGUCUCGGAUUCAGACGGCAACACUUUUGAAAUAACUAUAAAAGAGAAGGAAAACAUUCUUGACCGUCUUUCAAAAUUAAGAGAGAUGUUAGACACCCUAAACAAGCAGUAUGAAUCACAGAAAGAUAGAAAUCAAGAGUUAGAAUUAUCAUUAAAUUCCCUAAAUCAACAAAUUGUCCAAAAAGAUGAAAACUUUAGUAAGUUACAAAUAGAAAAAGAGCAACUUACUUUAUUAUUACAAGAGUCCGAAUUGAACUACAAUAAUUCAAAAGGUCAAAUUGUCGAGUUAACGAAUAAACUAUCAAUUGCGCAACAAGAAAUAACUCAACACCAAGACACAAUUUCAACUAUAAAAACGACAAACGAACAACUCACUAAAUUAUUGCAAGAGUCCGAAUUUAACUACAAUAAUUCAAAAGACCAAAUUGCCGAGUUAACGAGCAAACUAUCGAUUGCGCAGCAAGAAAUAAUUCAACACCAAGGCACAAUUUCAGCUAUAAAAACGACAAACGAACAACUUACUAAAGCGCAUGAAGAACUAUCGCAAAAUCACAAAAAUAUCACUUCAAAUUACGAAGAAUCAUUAAGGCAACAUAAUGAACUCGAAUUGGCUUCUUUGGCUCUGACUAAUGAGAUCAAGGAACUUAAAGGACGCGUCAGUGAACUUUUAAAACAAAAAGAUGAACUUGGCAUGACAAAUAUCGAACUUUCUAAUAAUUUAGAAAUUGCUCAAGGACAAUAUAAAAAUGCUGUUGGUGAAUUGGAACAAAUUAAAGAAAAAUACGUGACAAUAGAAAAAGACUAUGGAUUACUUGAAUCGGAUAUUGCUCAGUUACACAAUGCAAAAACUGCAGCAUUAGAAAAACUAUCGGAUGUGGAAUCACGGCUCAGUUCGUCAUUGGCGCGAGAACGAGAUAUAAAAGAUUCUCUUACGAUAGCAAAAGAAACAAUAAAUCAACGUGACGAAGAAAUAGAAAAUCUGCUAAAGCAGCAGACAGCAGAAAAAGACAAACUUAAUAAGUCACUUGCACUCUUAAAAACCACAAAGCAAAAAAUUUUGACGUUAGAAGAUGAAAAACGAGAACUGAAUGAAGAAUUUGAACGCAACCAAGAAUUAUUGACCCAACUUGAGCAAUCCAGUCAAACAUUAAAACAAGAAAUUUCACGGGCCAACAAAGAACUCGCCGCAAAAGCAGCACAAGUUACUCGACUGGAAUCCUCAAACGGAAAAUUGCAAGAGGAAAAAAAUUCAUUGUUUGAUCAGCUACAAAUAAAGCAAGCGGAGUUCGAGUCAUCGCAGUCAUUACUUGAGAACUUAACAAGUCGCACCAAUGAACUCACACAUCAGCUUAAAGAAUAUGAAGAACGUAUACAAGCGCUCGAAGAGGAGUUGAAAAUUAAUAAACGCACGUCUAGGGAUAAAACCCGGGAAGUGGAGUUACUUCAAGCUAAAGUAGCUGAAUUACGAAGAGAAUCAGAAACAAAGAUUACUGCUCUACAAGCUCAAGUGGAAACUUUGGAAUCGGAAAAAGGAAAUGUCGAAAAAGAAUUUGAGAAUAAUAAAGUAUUGGAAGAGAAUAAACUGCAAGAGUUGAAAAAUCGAUUGAUGGUUAAAGAACAAGAAGCUGAUAAUCUAUUAAAACGGUAUAAACAAGAGGAUCAUGUGAUAGCAGGAUUGGAAAAAGAAAACCAAGAUUUGAGAGAAGAAAUAAUUAAAUUACAGGAGGCGAGGAAUAAGCUGCGUGAAGAACUUUCUAAUUCUAGUGGAGAAAUGGCAAGUACCAAAUACCGCGAAAUGGAAACAUCAACACAGCGCGACAAAGAAGAAUUCAAUAAACUAUUGGAAGAAUCACGAAUGCGUGAAAGCCAUUUACGUCAUGAAAAUAAGACCUUGAAAGACGAAGUUCGCAAACUUCAAAAACUUAAUUCGACCAAUUCUGAUCGAGACCCAACCUCGCCAUCACAACCCACUUCUCCAACAUUCUUUCCCAGUCGACAAACACCGCCUAUGACACCGAUAAUACCGUCAUCCUCAUCUCUGAAUCUGUUGGGAAAUUCGUCAUCAUCUUCACUUGUGCGUGCUGACGAUGAUAUUCAUCUGGAGUAUAUUCGUAAUUUAAUAAUGAAAUUUUUGGAUGCUUCGAGAAAAGAGAGGCCAAUUCUUAUUCCAAUACUUGCGACCGUACUGCAAUUGAAGCCAGAGGAUAAGCAGAAGUUGGUCGCAAAGUACGGAUAA